AUGGCCGAAGACACCUCUUCACACGAGAUGGUAGGAACAAGUCACAGGCGCAGGCGCACCAAAUUCACAGAAGAUCAAUUGAAAAUCCUCAUCAAUACCUUCAAUCAAAAGCCUUACCCGGGUUACGCCACCAAACAAAAACUUGCUUUAGAAAUCAGCACAGAAGAGUCCAGAAUCCAGAUUUGGUUUCAGAAUCGAAGAGCUAGGUGUGGAUUCCAGAAAAGACCAGGACCUGAGACUUCAGAAUCAAGCCAGAGCCAUGGGCAAGACCAACCUGAUAGGAAGUUUCAAAGUAGAGAAGCCAGACGGUGUCGUACCGUCUACAGCGCCUCUCAAUUAUGCACGCUCAUCGAGGCAUUUAUGAAAAACCCAUACCCUGGGAUUGAUUACAGGGAACGGCUUGCCAAGGAAAUCGGUAUUCCAGAGUCAAGAGUCCAAAUUUGGUUCCAGAAUCGAAGAUCUAGAUUUCAUCUCCAGAGAAAAAGGGAACUUGUGUCCUUAGAACCAGAAGACCAGGGCAAGCUUGAGGGACUGCAAGGUGCAGAAGAUACACAAAACGGCACCGACUUCCCCAGCGACUCUCAUUCCUCUAGAGCCAGAACGUGGUGAACAUGCUCAAGUUCAGCGUACUUUAUAUUAUCAGCUGGGCCCCAAAUCUCUUACAGUCUGGGGGAAGAAAGCUGCCCAGGUGCCAAGGCAAGAGACUGAA